CGGGAAUAACAUGUGGCGCACCACGGUAAUGUACGUCAAAUGUACGAAACAAACGACUCCAAUAUGGCGAAUGUAAGGGACAGUGAUACUUCGUUGUGGCUUCAUAACAAGCUUGGAACGUCAAAUGAUAGCUGGACUGGAAGUUCAAUUUGUUCACAACUUAACGCAGAAGUAUUGCGGAAUAUUAAAGAUUGUUUUCCAGAUCUUCAAACGCAAGUUAAACUUAAAUUACUUCUUUCAUUUUUCCACAUACCAAGACGGAAUGUCGAGGAGUGGCGUGUUGAAUUGGAAGAAAUCAUUGAAGUGGCCUCAUUGGAUAGUGAAUUAUGGGUGUCAAUGCUAUCCGAAGCGAUGAAAACAUUUCCAUCAACAGGUUCUUUGAAUACAGACAUUACAGAUUUAGAUGAACAUAGGCCUAUUUUUGGAGAACUAGUCAAUGAUCUUCGAAAACUUUUGAAAAAACAAAAUGAUCCAGCUAUGCUUCCAUUAGAAUGUCAUUAUCUUAAUAAGACUGCUCUUACUUCUGUGGUUGGCCAACAACCUGCACCAGUUAAGCAUUUUACUUUAAAGAGAAAACCAAAAAGUGCUGCAUUAAGAGCAGAGUUACUUCAAAAAAGUACAGAUGCUGCAAGUAAUUUAAAAAAAAGCACUGCUCCUACAGUACCUGUAAGAAGUAGAGGAAUGCCUAGGAAAAUGACUGACACAACACCUUUGAAAGGCAUUCCCAGUAGAGUCCCUACAAGUGGUUUUCGUUCUCCCUCGCUUACGAGUUCUUCAAUGUCUAACAGGACACCUCUUAGCAAUAGAAUGCGCAAAGACGGUGGUAUUAAGUUACUGGAUAUUAAUGAACAACCACUUGGCUAUGCUCAAGCAAAAAAACGAAAGAGAAUGAUGGAAUUAGAAGAGCAACAAAAGAAAGUUGCAGAAGCUCAAGCUGUAGCAGCUGCUACUACAUCACCAGUUACGACUACGACAGAAACAUCAACAACUCCAGAAUAUGCUCAGGGAUUAACUUCAAUUAAUCCACCUGCUACCCCCAUUACUCCUGUAGCAUCUGUACAAUCUUAUACACCUACUACUCCAAGUGGAGUAGUACCAGUAACAACACCACAAACUCCUACAACACCAAGUACACCUACAAAUCCGAGUACAGUCAUACCUGUUACGACACCGACAGUUAUUACACCUGUGGAAAGUACACCUGUUGGAGUGCAAACGGUUAGACCAGCCCAAACAGUUACACAAAUUCGUAUACAAACUACUGCACAACCUGCUAAUGCGGCAGCAAAUACGAGAAAAGGCUUGUCUCUCACGCGAGAACAAAUGUUGGAAGCACAAGAAAUGUUUAGAACAGCUAAUAAAGUAACUCGACCAGAGAAAGCUCUUAUUCUAGGUUUCAUGGCUGGUUCAAGAGAUAAUCCUUGUCCAAAGUUGGGUAAUAUAGUCACAGUAAUGCUCUCAGAAAAUAUAGAAGAAGUGACUCAACCGGAUGGUACAACAGUUCCCAUGUUGGUUGAGACACAUUUCCAAAUGAAUUAUACAAAUGGCGAAUGGAAGAGGAUAAAGAAAAAUCGACGAAUUAUUACAGAAGAAUCAACGUCCACUACGACUCCUACUCCCAGUGUGACGGCAACAGCUUCCAAUUGAAAAAAAGAUAAAAGAAAUUUUUAUCGAAUUGCAAUUAUAUAGGUCAAUAAUUCUGUCAUUUUUUGGAUGACGGUGUUUUAAAAAACUCCUGUUCUAUAGAUAGCAAAAGAAUUUGAGUGCAGAAGGCAAAAUAUGGCCUCUAUGUUCCAUAUGGUGUAAGCAGACUUGUGUAUCAUGUUUUAGUAGUAAAACUUUAAUGUAUGAUGUACAUAUUACAUCAAAAAAGUUGUGUUAUUCGAAAAAAUACAAUGUAAUAAUGAAGAUAUUCUUGUUUCCAUUUUU